AUUUAAUUUAAUUGAAGUUUACUUAUUCUGUGAUAACAGAUAAAAUCUUGAUAUGGUGAUAUAAUCAAAUUAACGUUCAUUUUUUUAAAUUGUUUUUUACUUUAUUAAUUACUUACCGCAAUUAUUGUUAACAACUUAUAAUAUUUAUUUACAUAAUAAUAUAUUGACUAUUUGUCAAUUAUAAUUGUUCUUCCCUUAUUCUGUAAAAUGGGUGUAAAAAAUCUUUGGUCACUUCUAACACCAGUGAGUGAAAAAAUGCCUCUUUGGGAUUUGCAAGGAAAGGCAAUAGCCAUAGAUUUGAGCGGCUGGGUGUGUGAUAGUGAAAAUUGUAGCCAAACCACGAAUCAAAAAAACAUGUACUUGAGGUAAACAAUACAUAUUAUCAUUAUGAGGGUAUUUAAUUAUAAUAGUAUAAUACAUUAGUUUAAAAUGUAAAUAUUUUUAAAUCUCAUUAUUUUUUAUAGUGAAAAGUGAAACAACUUUAUUAUUAAAUAAUUGAAGUAUAAGAUAAUUUUGUAAAUAUAAGUUAUACUGUAUUGUACACUCCACUUGUUCCUUAAUUAAUCUGAUCAAAAUUUGUGUUUCAUAAAUUUUAUUGCGAGUAGUUAAAUUAAUAAUUGAAUUGACAAUAUUUAUUAACAAAUCGUUUUCACCAGAUGGAUCAUUCUUCUAAAUGUCCCAUCUAAUCGACCAACUGCAUUGAUCUUCCAUGGUACCAGAUUCAUUUUUAUUUUUUUUAGAGGUUUUAGUAAUAUUGUUAUGCCUGAAAAUUACAGAUUACAAUAAAUAAAACAUGAAAAAGAAAAAGAAGAAAAGUACAGAAUUUAGAUAACAAAACCAACUUCCAAAGAUAAAAGAGAUAAUUAACGUAAUAACAUGUUUGGAGUUGGAAUUUAGAAUAACAGAAGGAUUAAGAGGAAUAUUUAAAGAAUUAAGAAAGACAAAUAGAAUAAGGUGUUUUACAGAUAAAGUCAGUCAAAGUAGAUAUGAGAUAAAUCCGAAGUAUUCUCCUCCAUAUGAAGUGAACACAAGGGAAAAUCAUUAAUUUUAAGUUUUGAAGGUGUAAGAAGGAAAAAUGCCAAUGCAUAAAUGGUUGAAAUUAAUAAUGGACAAUCUACAUAAGGUAAGAUAAUUAAAUUAAACUUUGUUUAGGAUUUUGGGGACAAUGGAUUUAAAUCUAGAGGCGAAAUUAGAAAACAAAUUAUUCUAAUAAGUGAAGCAGAGAGUAGACUUGUGGGAUCAAAGAAAAAUCAGAUCAUGUAAUUAGAUUGAACAAAGAAUUUAUUAGAUUUGAAGAGGAUUUGACCAAGGAAUCUACUACAUCGUCACUCAGAUUAAUUAAAGACCAGAGAUUAAAUAUUGUAUAGGGGCUUCCCUAAUUUUCCUUAUACUUUGUCAUGUGGUGUUGAAUAUUUUAUUUAUUACAGGCCUGGGUACAAAAAUAUGAACUUACAUUUUACAAAUGUAUAUUACCUAUUGGCAAUAAAUCAAGUGUAUUUAAAUAUUAUGAAUUAUGCUUUUAAAUAUACAAUACUGUUGUAGUGAAAAAUAAAUUAAACUAUUGUAAAUUUUUAGGAACCUAUUUUUCCGUACUAGUACAUUACUAUUAAUUGGAGCAAUACCCAUAUUUGUCUUGGAAGGAGAAGUACCUAUAAUGAAGCAAGUUACUAUAGAAAAACGUGUAAAUGGAAAUAAUAAUGAAAAAUCAAAGAAAAAUAAUAUUGUCCGAAAACGACUUAAUUUAUUACAGAAACAAGUAAGUGUAAAUAAUUUGCAAAAAAAAAAAAAAUGAGUUUUUGAGUUAAGCAUAGUUUAGAAACUAGCAUUAAAAUGUAUAAUACUAUUUAAUCUAUACAAAUAAAUAAUUAAAUUGCCUAAUGUACUUAUAUAUUAUUUUCAGUGUGAACGGUUAUUAAAUAUCAUGGGAGUAACUUGUGUUUAUAGUCCUGGAGAAGCAGAACAACUGUGUGCUAUACUUAAUAAAAAUGGAGUAUGUUCAAUUAUAAAUUACUAAUUAUUCUAUUUGUUUUAUAUACCCUACAUUAAAUAAAUAUAGGAGUAUAAAAUAUGUAAUAUUAAAAACUAGGGUUUUUUACGUGAGUAUAUUAGUUUUGGAAGACAAUAAUAUUGUCAUGCAAUUUUUUAUAGAAUAAUGUAGAAUAGGCACCAUCACAUCAUGACAUCCGAUGCUGUUUUAAGAAUAUGAACUUCCAAUAUGAAUACGGAUAUAAACAAAUGAGCUGGAAAUAUUAAACCUUAAAAAUCAAACUUGAAACUAAAUAUUUAUAUUCAUUUUUCCACUUAAGAAUUAUUUUAAUUCAAUGCAAUUGUAAUAUUUUAUUGUAUUUUUUGUUUUAAAAUUUUCCGGGGUUGUACUUUAAAUAGGUUUAAAUUUUUUGAUUUUUCAAGUAGUUUUCAAAAUAAUUUGGAAUAAACGAGAAAAUUUAUAAAAAUGUUUUUAUUAUUUUCAAUUUCAUUUUUUUGUUGUGAUUUAGUUAACAAUUUUCAUAGGAGUUUGAAAUUCGGACAAAAACAUUGCGUUUUAUAGAUGUGGUCAAAUUUUCAAAACAUUUCAGACAUUUCUGAGCUAUUUAUAGAUAUUUUAAUUUUUUUGUGAGUUUUUUACAUAUUAUUUAUUCCAGAAUUUAUCCAGUAGGUACUUUGUAGAUAAAAUUGUUAAACCAAACAGAAAUUCUAAGUUUGAACUAAGUUGAACUUAGUGAUCAAUAAGAAAAAGUUGACUUUGAGGAUUUUUUUUUUUUUAAGAAUUUUAAUAUAGCAAAUUUUAUGAAAAAUCUUAAAUAUUACAGCCUUUUAAAAUGUGUAUAACCAAACUGUGAUCAGAAUCGUUUUUUGUUUCUAACGAUCAAUUGUUGCAUACAAAAAUACAUUAAAUGCUCCUCUAUAUCCUACCUUCCUAACUUCUCACCUACAACAGUGACCCACUCAGUGCAAGGUAUGUCGGAAUUUUUUUAAUUUUGUUUUAAAAGUUGAGUUACCAAUAGAAAAUCAAAUGUUUUUUAUAUAAAGGUAUAAUAAAUAGGGGUUACAAUUUGAAAAAAUUGUUAAAAUAAAUCCAUAAUAAUUGAAAAAAUAACAGAAAUCAAAUUAACAUUCCAAAGAAACCACUAAUUUAUGAUAAAAAUAUAAUUAAGUAUAAACUAAACAACAUAUCUAAUGUUUUUAAAUUAAAAUAAAUUUCAGAUUGUAAAUGGAGUUGUGACACAAGAUAGCGAUUGUUUUCUUUAUGGAGCUCGCAUUAUCUAUAGAAAUUUUAAUGCGUCUAGAAAUGGUUCUGUUGAAGUUUAUAGCAUGGAAUCAAUUGAAAAAAAUUUAAAAAUUGGACGUAACAAAAUGAUAGCAUUGUCAUUAUUAUGUGGUUGUGAUUAUGAUGAAAAAGGUGUUAUUGGCAUUGGUAAAGAAACUGCAAUUAAGUUUCUUCAAUCAUUAGAUGAUGAUAUUGUCCUUGACCGGUAACUAUAAGUUAGGUAUACAUUUUAUUUAAUAUAACUAACAUUAAAUUUUAUUUUAGAAUGAGACAUUGGAGAAAUAAUUUAGUUUUGAAUGCUGCUGAAAAGGAUAUUAAAUCACAAACAAAUUUUCUAAAGUUAGAGUUAAAAAUUAGAAAAAAAGCUAUAGAAAAUCAAAGCUUUCCUUCUGAAGCAGUUAUUGAUGAAUUCUUAAUAGUACCGCCGUAUCCAGAAGUGACUGCAAAAUGGGUCUUACCUGAUAUUAAUUCUUUUGUUGUAGGUAUAAAUAUAUAUAUAUAUAUAACAUACAGUGUGAUUUUUUUUAUUAUAAAUUAGUGUAAUUAGAAUAUCUAGUCAAAAAUUAAAUUAGUUUAAAUUUAACCACCACCACCACCCCGAAAUUAUGAUAUGGUCUUUACCAGACCUUAACCCUGUGUUCAGCAGUCUAAAAAAAUCAUUUAAAGAUUUCACAUUGAAUAAAUGCUAAUAAAAAUGCUGAAAUAAUAUUUACUAAAUAAAAAAAAAAAAAAAUCAUCUUAUAAUUAAUUUUACACUUAAAACAAUAUUUUGUUAACAUUAAUAAUCUGUUUAGGAAUUUGCUUUGUCUAAACUUUGCUGGGAAAAACAAUAUGCUAUCAAUAAAUUUUUGCCAUUACUUACUAGAUGGCAUCUAAUGCACGAUGAUAAUCUUCAAGCAAAUAUUUUAUUGAAUAAAAUUAUUAAAAAGCGUGUUCAUAAGGGAAUAAAAAGUUAUGAAAUAAAAUGGAAUAAUUAUGAUUUAACAACUAUUGAACCUUUAGCAGCUGUCCAAUUAAGGUAUUCAAAAGAAGUUUUAAUUUAUGAAGAUAUUGAUUCAAAAUUUUCAAACAAAACAAAAAGGAAAGGUAAUUCAUAUUUAUUUUAUUCCAAUGUACAUUAUUUGAAAGUUUUCCAUAUUAUGUGCAUUGAUUUUUUUAGGAAUGGUUUAUGAUACAGAAUUAAUUGAUGUGACUAACAAAUUGUCUUCAAUUAAAAUUUCUAAUAAACAUAUAAACAUGAGAAAAAAAAAUGAAGCAAUAGAUAAAAAUAAAUUCAAAGGACCUUUAGAUAAAUUUUUAGUGAAGGAAAUAACUAAAGAUGAUAGUUUGACAUUGUCAGACUUUGAAUGUGAUUCUGUUGACUUAGAUUUGUCUAGUAUUGUAAAUGGAAUAAUUGUUCCAUAAUUAUUAUACCUAGUAGCAAUCAAUUUUUAAAUUGUAUAUUAUAUCAAGACUAUACAUAUUAUUUAUAUUAAUAAUUAUAUUGUGCUAAGGACCAUAAGGUUAAAAAUUAAAGUAUUUUUACAACUUGAA